CGUCAAAAAAAUAACGGCCUGGUUUGAGAUCACAAACGGUUUUCUGUCGCUACAAUGGACAGACAUCCUAAACGGAGGGCUCAGCUGACUUUCGGGAGAGGUGAACGAACAAAGGCCGGGGAAUUUGUGCCGAAAAUCACCACGAAAGAUAUCGAUAUUUUGAAAUCCGAUUGGCUUGGGAGGUCGCGCAUUGCUAAAGUCGACGAUGGACAAAAACAGCCGUUGCUAAGCAGAGUUAACGGCACCGCAGGAAGGUCCAACACAGCCGUAACGUCAGCAAAAAGGGCCGAACAUAGUGAAAACGACAAAUUGGCCAACGAGUCAUCACCUGAAAACGACGGUAUUCAGUCGGUAGAGCCUACGCUUACGCCUGCUGCUUCGCUCCCAGUACUGUUAUUUAAAGAAGAGGACGACUCCACGCUAAAAAUCACCGGUGUUUUCUCACUGAAAGCGCAGGAAGAUAUGCAGCACCGUCAGCGUCAUGACAUUGAUGACCUCUCUAAUGCAGUCCAAUCCGAUGUUAUACUGCCGUUUAAGCGCCCCCCAGCGCAACUACUUAGCAAGGUCAAAGUCAACACUGAAGGAGUGAACCUCACUCAGUCCCCGUUAGGAGUUGGUGAUAGAAGCGUAAAGCAGUUCAAAGACAAGAAAGGCUGUGUUAAGAGACCCAUGAAUGCAUUCAUGUUGUGGGCAAUGAUACACCGCCCUGCCUUGUCCAUCGCCAACCCCAAAGCCAGCAAUGCAGACAUCAGUGUCCAGCUCGGGCUGGAGUGGAGCAAGCUGACUGAUAAACAGAAGAUGCCCUACUAUGAGGAGGCCCAGCGACUUAAAAUCAGACACAUGCAGGAGUUUCCUGAUUGGAUUUAUCAGCCACGGACAGGGAAGAAGUGUUUUACCCCAGGAGUGGGAACUUCAGUGGUGACCACCCAGUCCUGGUCACUCCCAGUUCCAGCACAGACCCAGAGUCCUGCCCCUAAUCCUACCACUGUCGUGUCCACCAGCAGCAAGAGCUCAGAACUGCAGACCAGCCUAAUGCUCCCAGGACAAAAUCCACCAGUCUCCAUGAUGACUAGAAUUACAGCCCCUAGUAUGUCCCAGGCUACCAAUGCAGCUCCAGUAUUCCUGCAGGCCUCUCCCUCCGAGUCAUUCUCUCACGGUAAGCUGUUGGCUGUAACCUCACAUAGGAGACCUGACCUACAACCAAAUCACAGUUCAACCUUGGACAUGCCAAGACCAGGAGUACUGAUAUCGAGCUCUGGGGGCCACCAGAUGCCUGGUAUAGGCCACCUGUACUCACCAGCCCUGCUGCAUUCCAGUAACACCAUUUUUGCCUCACCUUGUGCUUUCCCCCCAACUUUGUUCAUGCCUGGGCCACAGUUCUUCCCAACAGGGAACCUCCCUUAUGCAGAAUACAGUAGUCGCAUAACAGACUAUGAUAACCUUUUGCGGAAGCAUGAGGCCUUAUUUUCUACCUUAAACCACGAAUAUGCCAUCCAUGCUGACUCUGGGAGGCAAAGUCACAGCCAAGGUCCCUCCACCAGUGCAGAAUUCCCAAAUUCUGUCCCAGCUCUGGACAAACGUGCCUUGGAGAGCAUAUUCAACCAUCCUUCUCCAGAGAUUUCUCUUGGUAGGCAGAAGAACAAUAUUUCUGAAGUUGACGAAGGUGGUGAAAUUCGAACCCUGAGAGUGCUUUAGUGUACCUGCUGCCAUGCCAUGCUGCCAGUUCAGUUCACAUGUUCUCAGUCACACUAGUUCCUGUUGAAGCGUUUCUGUUGGAAUAAAUA